GUUAAAAUUGUCAAAAAUUGACAAAAAUUUCAAUUUUUUUCUUGUUUCAUAGUAUUCAAAAGUUCCACAUAUAAAUUGUUUUCGAUUUGUCAUAGAAAUAUGGAUAUAAGCUCACUAUAGAGAUAUACAUACCCUGAGGUUGCAGAGUAUUGGAGGCGACAGAAAUAACUUUGGUGCUUUGGCGCGCUGCUUGGCUUCCCAAGCUGAACUGAAGAAGAGGCAACUUGACGAAGGGUUCAAGGUUGGCCAAGCAGACGUUUAAUUUGUAAUCUUUGGCGAGGUGGGAGAGCAGCCAUUAUGAUGGAGAUACCAGUCGCGGCAUCCUCCGGGACCCAGAUCCCUUUUUUUAGCGACGACUCUUGCCUCGCAAUUAAUUGUACCUGAAGGGGAAUCUGCAAGAAGACUUUUGGAAAGGGGCAGCAGGAUCUCUUGGUGAAGUGUUUGACACUUUUAUCACUGAAGUCUUUUCUUGGCAGGAAACUAUGUUUUAAUCUUAGCAGCUGGACUCCACUCAGUCCCUUCUUAAGUUUCCUAAUGGAGCGGCGAGUAAGCCCUUGGGUCUUAGGUCAUUUUGGAUACUUGGGUGAUGAGCGGAAUCGAGCUCCAAGAGCACUUGAGUUCUUUUCAGGACAAGCACUGGGGGUAUCAUCAAUUCUGCUCAGAAAGAAUGCUGAGAGCGUGGCGAGAAUCAGCGAGAGACCCGAACCGAUUGGACGAUCGACGACCGGUUGGUUAGAGAACGUUGUUCCCCCAAGUAAGAUCAGUUGAAUGUGGCGCGUCGCGCUCGACGGUCGACGUUAUUCUGGUUCCCGCAUGAGUUCCCUCGACAUCCCCAGACAUCGGUUCGUUACAACAGCUGGGUGUCGUGAUAUCGGUCAAGUUCAGGCGUCGACGAGGCCAUCACUCAAUUAGCCGAGCCAAGGAGGAGCGCCGCGUAAAAUUCACUUUUCCCCGUGAAACCCAUUUAAUACGAUUCUUUCGUGUGUUCUUAUUCGCAAUUGGAAUUUGUCACGGUGCCAAAAGAUAUGAACAUCUCAGCAAUGGACCGUAAGGAGCUGCAAGCUGGCAGUGUGGGCAGCAGUUUUCUGGGCAGACGCUAUGGACAGUUGCUGCGCAGUGGCAAGCACACAGACUGCGUAUUCCACGUGUGCGAGGAGCAGGUGAAGGGUCACAAGCUGAUUCUGGCUGCCGCCAGUCCUGUGUUCGAGGCCAUGUUCUUUGGGCCGUUACAGGACAACGAUCCGGAGCCGGAGAUCGAGAUCCAUGACAUCAGUGCGGCCAUUUUUAAGGAGAUGGUAGAGUACAUCUACACGGGGGCCGUGGAUUACAACGGACUGGAGCUAGUCGCCUGUAUCGAGCUAUACUAUGCGGCGGAGAAGUAUCUGCUGGAAGAGCUGAUUGCCGACUCCUUGCUGGCCGUCACGCGGAAGCUGCGCUUCGCCAACAUCCUUCCCGCUUUGGAGCUCAGCGUCUGCAUGGGCCUCGAUGCCCUCCUCGACGUCUGCAUGACCUUCUUCAUGCGCUGCUGUGCCAACAAUGGUCAGUACAUGAGCCACCUUAAAGAGCACUAUGUGCACGUGUCCAAGGAGUGCGUGAAGGCCAUUAUUGCCGCUUGCAAAGAGCCUCACAAGCUGCUCAUUUGGUACGUUUACGAGUGGACGCGCCAGGAGUGCGAGCAGUUAGGACUCGGACCCAGCGAUGCCGACCUGGUGGUCCACGGCCUGGGCGGUGAGUCCACCGGCCAUUGGUCAUCUGUGACAUCAGCUGAGGCAGAGCCAUCUUCCGUCCCAGGACCUGUGUUAUCUGUGGAACGUUGCUACUACAAGGCCUGCCGUCCGUUUACGGUAGAUGCAGAGACCCCGGUGUUCCGCCUGCGACUUAAGUGCUCCCGUUUUAUCUCUCUGAUGGGCCUGGUCCUCAACAGCCGGCUGACGCCCAAUCGUUUGGGUCACGUGCCGCAACCAGAAUACCGGGAAUGCCUGCGCCUGCAUCUCUGCGAGCUGCCCGCCGAGGGUGAGGGCAGUCCGCCGCCCACGGAACCCGUGUGGAGCCAUGUCGUCCAAAACCAGAGCACCAAGUACAAUUGUGAUCUGCAUCUUGCCUGGCGACGGGAGGAGGCCUGCGUUCUCAAUCCGGAGCUCUCCUACGAGCUGCAGAUCCACUGGGACAGCAACGCCUACGGAGCGGAGUAUCCGUGCAGCCUGCAAUCCUGCCAGGCAGACGGGAUCCGUUUCACCGACGGCGACAGCUUCAGCGGGAGUCUUGUGAAGGGUCUGCGCUACGCCAAUCUGGUGUAGAACUCGCGGACUCCCCCCAAUUAGUUUAGUUCGUAAGAAAUGUGUAUUUAUUGCCCUAAGUUAAUGUACGCUGCUGCUAAAGUUCAAUAAACUGUGAGCGCCUGAA